ACCGCACGCGGCUGAGCUCGCAGCUCUAUAUAGACACGGCGCCCCCGCGCGCCCGUCCCUGUCCCGGCCAUACCCUCCGAUCCUUCGCCGAUCGAGCUAGAGCCUAGAGCUACUAUACCACCACCGCAGCAAUGGCCUGCGGCCACUCCGCCUCCGCGCUCCUGCUGCUGCUGGCGGUGGUGGCCUCCUCCGCCUGCUGCGGCCGCGCCGCGCCGGCGGGGGCGCUGGUGACGCGCGUGCCGGGUUUCGGGGGCGCCCGGCUGCCGUCGAAGCACUACGCCGGGUACGUGACGGUGGACGAGGCGCACGGGCGGCGCCUCUUCUACUACCUGGUGGAGUCGGAGCACGACCCGGCCGGGGACCCCCUCGUGCUCUGGCUCAACGGCGGCCCGGGGUGCUCCAGCUUCGACGGCUUCGUCUACGAGCACGGACCAUUCAACUUUGAGUCAGGAGGGUCAGCUGGAAGCCUGCCAAAGCUUCAUCUCAAUCCAUAUAGCUGGUCCAAGGUGUCUAGUGUGAUAUACUUGGACUCCCCUGCCGGUGUUGGCCUGUCAUACUCGAAGAAUGCUUCAGAUUAUGAAACUGGCGAUCUUAAGACCGCUGCUGAUUCACAUACUUUUCUUCUCAAGUGGUUUCAGCUCUACCCUGAGUUUUCGAAAAAUCCAUUUUACAUAGCCGGAGAAUCGUAUGCCGGGGUUUAUGUUCCUACCCUUUCACAUGAAGUUGCCAAAGGAAUCCAUGAAGGAGUUAAGCCAACUAUAAAUUUUAAGGGCUACAUGGUCGGCAAUGGUGUAUGUGACACCGCGUUUGACGGUAAUGCCCUGGUACCAUUUGCGCAUGGAAUGGGUCUAAUUUCAGAUGAUAUAUACAAGGAGGCCAAUACUGCAUGUCAAGGAAAUUACUGGAAUGGUAGCACUGACAGAUGCGAAGAAGCACUAUCGAGAGUCGAUGCGGAAAUCGAAGGAUUAAACAUUUAUGACAUUCUUGAGCCAUGCUACCACAGCACAUCUAUCAAAGAAGUGAUCCCACAGAAGAGCAGAGCGCCUCAAAGUUUCAAAGAUCUUGGUGCAACUGCCAAGCCCCUUCCGGUAAGAACAAGAAUGCUUGGACGGGCCUGGCCUCUGAGAGCUCCUGUAAGAGAUGGGCGCGUUCCAUCGUGGCAGGAACUUGCCGUUGCCGCUGCCGGUGGAGUUCCGUGUAUGAGUGAUGAAGUUGCAACAGCAUGGCUGAACAACGAUAGCGUCAGAUCUGCGAUUCAUGCUGAACCAGUGAGUUCAAUAGGACCAUGGCUCAUAUGCACAGAUAAAUUGGAUUUUCGUCAUGAUGCUGGGAGUAUGAUCAGUUAUCACAAGAACCUUACAAGCCAGGGUUACCGUGCUCUCAUUUACAGCGGCGACCAUGAUAUGUGUGUACCUUACACUGGGAGUGAAGCAUGGACUGCAUCAUUAGGCUAUGGAGUCCUUGAUUCGUGGCGGCCGUGGUUCACCAAUGAACAAGUUUCUGGGUACACCCAAGGAUAUGAAAAGGGCCUCACUUUUGCAACUAUUAAGGGUGCUGGCCACACAGUUCCUGAGUAUAAACCUCAGGAAGCAUUGGCUUUCUACAGCCGUUGGCUUGCUGGUUCCAAGUUGUGAAGCUCAUGAAGCCUGCUGCUGCUGAUGGGAGGCAUAUUUCCAUGAAACAAAGAACAACAUGAAGAAAUUGGAUAAUCCAUAGAACAAUAAGGCCAUCGGAGGAUCAAAGUUCCUAGCGCCAACUACAGUGUUGCAUUCUUUUCUGCAAAUAUUAUAUCAAUGCAGCUGUUUUGUUUCCAUGCAUUUUUCAUGCCUUCACGGUGUGGCCAAACAUUUGUGACAAUUUUCGUUGACAUUUUGAAAUCCCAAAGGUAUCAAUGUCUGCUAUUUGUUUUGAUCCG